AUGUCCACAUUAAUAGAAAAUUACUUCGACCCUUCUGAACGUAUCGGUAAAUUCAUCGAUAAUGGCCGUUUAGAGAUAACUAAUAUCCUGGGCAUAGGAGCGUACGGUGUGGUUUACUCUGCAAGACAUGUCAAUCAACGCGUUUACGCUAUAAAAUGUAUGCCAAAGGUUAAUAUAGAUACUCGACAACAAAGGUUACAUGCGACUGAGGUUAACCUUCAUGCUCAGGUUUCUGGUCAUCCAAAUAUCAUAAGAUUGGAAAACGUUAUUGAUACUGAUGAUUCUUUGAACGUUGUUCUUGAAUAUUGUCCUGAAGGUGAUCUAUUCUCAAUGAUUACCGAAAAAGGUGGUUACCUUGGAAAUGACAAUCUUAUCAAACAAGUUUUCGUGCAAAUUUUGGAUGCCGUUCAAUUUGCUCAUUAUAAUGGUAUCUAUCAUCGUGAUCUAAAACCUGAAAACAUCCUUGUUUUUGAUUCUGGAAGAACCGUCAAACUUGCCGAUUUUGGUUUGGCUACUACUGACACCUGGUCAAAAGAUUUCGGUUGUGGGUCUACCUUUUAUAUGAGUCCUGAAUGUCAAGGUGGUCUUCAUAAACAAGUACGAGGUUAUGCGACUGCUCCAAAUGAUAUUUGGUCUUUAGGUGUUAUUCUAAUUAAUAUCACUUGUGGUCGUAAUCCAUGGAAACAAGCUUGUCUUCGUGAUGAAACCUUUUCCAUGUAUCUUCAAGACCGUGAUUUUUUAAAGACUAUACUUCCACUUUCAGAUGAAUUAAACGAAAUUUUAAAAGACAUUUUUAAUCCUAACCCUGAAAAGCGUAUAACGUUAAAAGAGCUCAAAGAACGUGUGUUGGCUUGUGAAAAGUUUACUAUAUCUGAAGAUGAUGUAAAGUCCACUCAAGAAGUUGAGGAGUUUAUUGACAUUUGUGAUAUGCCGAUAUCAACAGUUGCUCCACGUGAGAUACAUAACUAUUCAUCCUCGAGUUCGUCUGCUACUGCGUGUUCGUGGUAUUCGAUGAAUAGUGAGAUGGAUUUUUCUACUCCUCCAUCAGAAUUUUUAGUAGAUUAUGACCGUUGUUUCUCCUCUUCAACGGGUUCUUCGUCGUCUUUGUCUACAUUGGCAACUAGUCAACCUGACUUAAUUAAAUGUUUUAAUGAUGAAUUGGGAAUCAGUUUGAAAUGCGGUGACCUUAUAAUGGAAGAUCAUAUCCUUCAGACUGAUUGCAUAUUUUAA